CCUGUGGAGCUGCAGAUUCUCACGUUUGCAACGGCGAAACUUCUCCGAGGUUCAAGCACAGGGGUGGUAGCCCCUCAAGGACUGCCCGGGCAGCGGGUAGGGGAGGAGCGCAGAGAACGUCCCAGGGUGAUGUGAACAGAGCCCAGGAAUGCCUUAUGUGGAUCGGCAGAACCGAAUCUGUGGGUUUCUGGAUAUUGAAGACAAUGAGAACAGUGGCAAAUUCCUCCGGAGAUACUUUAUCCUGGAUACCCAGGCCAACUGCCUCCUCUGGUACAUGGACAAUCCCCAGAACCUGGCAGUUGGGGCAGGAGCUGUCGGGUCUCUGCAGCUGACCUACAUCUCGAAGGUGAGCAUAGCUACCCCAAAGCAGAAACCUAAAACUCCAUUCUGCUUCGUUAUCAAUGCCCUGUCUCAGAGAUAUUUUCUUCAAGCCAACGACCAGAAAGAUCUGAAGGACUGGGUAGAAGCCUUGAACCAAGCCAGCAAGAUCACUGUACCCAAGGCUGGGACGGUACCCUUGGCCACAGAAGUUCUCAAAAACUUAACAGCUCCUCCCACCCUAGAGAAGAAGCCGCAGGUGGCCUACAAGACUGAGAUCAUCGGGGGCGUGGUGGUACAAACGCCUAUCAGCCAGAACGGUGGGGAUGGGCAGGAAGGGUGCGAGCCAGGGACUCACGCCUUCCUUCGAAGGUCUCAGAGCUACAUCCCCACAUCAGGCUGCCGUCCUUCCACUGGGCCUCCCCUCAUUAAGAGUGGCUACUGUGUGAAGCAAGGGAAUGUGCGGAAGAGUUGGAAACGACGCUUCUUUGCCCUCGAUGACUUUACUAUCUGCUACUUCAAGUGUGAGCAGGACAGAGAGCCUCUGCGAACCAUACCGCUCAAGGAUGUUCUCAAGACUCACGAGUGUCUGGUCAAGUCUGGUGAUCUCUUAAUGAGGGACAACCUGUUUGAAAUCAUAACCACCUCCAGGACGUUCUACGUACAGGCGGACAGCCCUGAGGACAUGCACAGCUGGAUCGAGGGGAUUGGAGCAGCUGUCCAGGCCCUGAAGUGCCACCCUAGGGAGCCGUCCUUUUCAAGGUCCAUUUCUUUGACUCGACCUGGAAGUUCUACCUUUACAAGCGCACCUAACUCCAUCUUGUCAAGAAGGCGGCCACCAGCAGAAGAGAAAAGAGCUCUCUGUAAGGCGCCUUCGGUGGCCUCCUCCUGGCAACCCUGGACACCUGUCCCCCAGGCUGAGGAAAAGCUGUUGUCAGCGGAGCAUGCUCCAGAGGACUCUUUAUUCAUGCCUAACCCUGGGGAGAGCACAGCUACAGGGGUGCUGGCAAGUUCUCGAGUCAGGCACAGGUCGGAGCCCCAGCACCCCAAGGAGAAGCCAUUUGUAUUCAACCUUGAUGAUGAAAACAUACGAACCUCUGAUGUGUGAUAUGCAGUGCCCGUUGCGUGCAGGAGAGCCAGGGGCUGUGACUUAUUUUCUCUGCCAUGGUAGAGGACAGAGUCUAAUGGCACUCACAGUGGAGGGGCUCAUCUAGCUGGUUUUGGUUUUGCUAUUAUUGACACGGUUUAUUUAACUGGGGAAAGCCACUGUGGGUUAGACCCACAGGCAGACUCCGUUACCUCUUGAAUGUCCCCUUUCCCCAGGUUUGCCUAGUGAGGGUUUAGUUUUCAUACUUCCUGUCUGGAGGAGGCUAGAGUCCAGUUUCACCCAUAAGCUUUUCCCUCUUGUAUUUCUUUUAUAGUCUUGGUUUUGCACAGGAUCUCAGGCUAAGAACUGCUUUCAUCUACCCCUGUUUAUUGGCUGAAGUCUGGGGAUCAGGCAGAUCGUUAGCAUCCAGACUGACAGGCAUCGGGUGAGACUCAGGUUAUACAGUUCCAAUUGGGAUCCAUCUGAGAGCGGUCAUAAGAGUCUGGGGAGUGAAAGGUGAAUUUUUGGGAUAUCUCCCCCAGGCAGUUCUUUCAGGACACCUCCCAGGGGAGCAGACAGGACCUCUUGUGAGUCAUGAGGGCUAAUUAAACUGCUAUAACCACUUGUAGGAAUCAUGCCGUCCUCUUGAUCCUCCAUGACCCCAAAUGACAUAGAACUGAGUGACAGAGCCACCAGUCUAUUUUCCGUGUCAUGUCCUGAGGAUAUGCAGUUAUCAGGGUCAAAUGUUAUGAUUGCAGAGACCAGAACAGAGGCUUCCCUUGAAACUGAAUUCCUGUCUCACAGCUCUUUUAUAGCCAGUUGACUUUUGUGUAAUGCUAAGUGCUUGUAUACUGUACAGCCUGCUGGCCCACUUGCUCUUUGUUUUAUUGCGCUGCCUGUUAAAUGAAGUCAUGCACACACCAGGUGGAACUCUAGCAUCUGAUAAGAGCCUAUACACUCACUAGUGAAGAGACUUAAAUGUGAUUUUUUCCCCCAAUACUUACAUUUUUCAUGGAAUAGAAACUGGGAAUAAAGAAAUUGAAUCAGA